AUGUCAACUGACGAAUCAGGCGAUUCCAAAGGAUCGGAGAUCCAGGCAAGCGAGUUCAGAAGCGCAAAAUUGCCCGAAUUUUGGCGUGAUGAACCUAAAUUAUGGUUCGCGAUAUGGUUGCAGUGGAUACACGCAUCUGGAAGAUUUGAUUUACAAGUGAUGGGCCCAGAAUACGCUCAUCGCAACUAUCGACUGUGCCACUUGCAUUUUGAAGAAAAGUGGUACAAAAUAGGCAAAUGUAGAGCCAGUCUUCUUCCUAAUGCUGUUCCAACAAUAUUUUUUGGAAGAAAAAUGACAUCGAACAUUUCACAAUCUCUAAAUAUGAUUGAUUGUGAACAAGAUUAUGCUGCUACACACGGCAAAGGUCAAUUUAACUCCAAAUUUUUGUCAAUGAUGAAUUAUGGAUGCUAAACGUAUCCGAUGCCGAAUUUGUAGCAGCAACAACUGGCAAAAAAGUCAGGUAACCAUUCAAGUUCUUGGGCCUUUUACUCUGCUAUGGAUUCAAUAUUUGGAGAAAAGGCAUGGGUAGCACCUGUAUCAAUAGCUAGCAGCGAUAGUCCAUGCUCUCCAAGCACUUCAUCCACCUUGUCAGAGAUAUCAGUAGAUGAACAAAAACCAAAGAAAAGGCGAGUGGAAUCUAUUUUGGAAUCGUUCAUCACAGAAAUGAAAAAAGAUAAGCAGAAGGAGAGGGAUGAGAGAGAACAGCGAAGAGCUGAGAAAAAAGCAGAAAAGGAAGAAGGACAGAAGCAGAUUGUACAAGAGCAGUGGAAAAUGCAUCAAGACAAAGUGAAGUUGCAGCAAUCUUUAAUUGAAGUACUCAGUAAAGUUGUUGAACUCAAAAAGGAAGAAGUUACAGAAGAGGUUUAA